AUCAUCGACCUUCCUUGCUUCUUUCACCUCUUCCAGCUUUCAUCUCGCGCCAAAUUGAAUCAUUCAUUACCUUUUGCUUCCGUUGAUGCCGAGGAGAUAUCUGGUGCUCACCCCGCUCAAGUACAGAACUUUGUGCAGGGAAAGUGGAUAGGAACUUCAAACUAUAACACGCUUCUUGAUCCUCUCAAUGGAGAACCUUUCAUUAAAGUCUCUGAAGUGGAUGAAUCAGGAGUUCAGGUGGCGAGUCUUGAGUUAUAUUACUGCAACGUGGUAUCCAAGUCACAAUUCUGUCUUUGUCACUCUUCUGUUCUAUGUUGCAGCCAUUUGUUGAGAGCUUGUCACACUGUCCCAAACAUGGCGAAUCCGAGGAUGACACUCUUUACUGGCAGCUCCAGAGUAGCUGAGAAGCUGGCGCUUGAUCUCAAGGGUCGGAUCAGGUUGGAAGACGCUGCAUUUGACUGGAAAGUCUUGGGACCAGAUGUUCAGGAGGUUGAUUACGUUGCGUGGGUUUGUGAUCAAGAUGCUUACGCUUGCAGUGGACAGAAGUGUUCUGCUCAGUCUAUGCUUUUCAUGCACGAGAUUCAAGGCUCAAAGCUACUCUUUGGUGUGGAAACCGUUGAAGAACCUUUCGAUUCCUUGUGUCUACGGAGCCUUGGAGCCUACGGCAGUUUAUGUUCCCAUUGAAGAGAUCUUGAAAGACGGUAAAAACUAUGAACUCGUCACCAGAGAGAUCUUUGGACCCUUUCAGAUUGUCACAGAGUAUAAAAAAGGAUCAGCUUCCUCUUGUGUUGGAUGCUUUGGAGAGGAUGCACGCUCAUCUUACUGCAGCUGUUGUUUCAAACGAUCCCAUCUUUAUCCAGGCAAGUCCCUGUUAGGAAAUAUACGGUCAAAUUUUGCGGGAAACCGAAAUUUAUGGGAACGGGAAAACACACACACAAUUUGUUAACGGAGUUCGGCCAACUUUUGCCUACGUCUCCGGACCUGCUACAGAUCUUUUAUUUUCAAUUUGGGAA